AUGGCCAGCGCGACUCGAGCUCCGCUGACGCGGCGAUUGCUGCUCCUGGUGUUGCUCCUGCUGGCGUUUGCCUGCACCCUGGCCACGGCCAAGCACCACAAGGAGGAAGGCGGCAGCGAAAAACACCACCACCACCACGAGGAGGGCGGCGAGAAGGGCGACAAGGGACACAGCAGCAAGCACCACCACCACGAGUCAGAGCACGGUGAGCACGACGAGGGACACCACUCGGGACACCACGAGGACCACCACGGCCACAAAAAAGCCCACCACGACGAAGACGAGAAGCAUGGCGAGCACCACGAGCACGAGCACGGACACAAGGGUGGCAAGUUUGGGGAGAAAAAGGGCCACAAAAAGGGCCACAAGACAAGCGGUUAUCACCACAAACUCCACAAGGAUGAGUUUCACAAGGAGCACAAGUUCUACGACGAUUACCACAAGGGGGGUGAGCACGAGAAGCACGGGCACCACCACGGCCACCACGGGCAUCACGAAGCCGAGCACAAAAAGGGGGGCCACCACCACAGCGGCAAACACCACGAGCACAAGGGAAAAAAGGGACACUCGUCCAAGGGCCACCUCGACCACGACCAUCACGGCCACCACGGGAAACACGGCCACGAGUCCCACCAUCACCAUCACGAGGGACACUCGAGCAAAAAGCACCACCACGCCGGCAAGAAGCACCACCACAAGAAGGGCUGA